GUCAAAAAUCAUGAAAAUAUGUGACUACAAUCGGCCCUAGGCCGCAGAGCGCUCUGCGCUCAGAUGCGCUCUGGAGUACCUGGGGAUAAAUUUGGGCAUAAAAGUUUCGUUUAAAUAUAAAAACCAUGGCAACACCAGAUUCAGUGACAUGAACAACAAGAAAUACAUCUUGAACUAUUUUUAAAAGAAGUAUCUGCGUAUUGUCACUAUAUUGUGACAUCAUAUAUUACAUUGUGACAUCAUCAUUGGAGUACAACAAUGGCUGUAACUGCAGAAUCGAGAUUGGAAGUUCUUCAGAUUUAUAAAUUACUACAAUGUGUUCGGCAAGAAGACACAGUGCAAAUUUCUAAGCUUUGUACGCAAGGCAUACCCAUGUUGAUCAACUAUCAAGAACCCCAAGAAGGUGAAUGUGCUCUUCAUUUAGCUGCAAAAUCUAACAACGCAAAUAUGACAAAAUAUUUGCUGAGUUUGGGAGCAUUUGCCAAUGUUCAAGAUUUUAAAGGUCGCACGCCAUUAAUGAAAGCAGCUGAAUAUGGCCACGACAAAACGGUCACACUUCUUGCUAAAUCAGGAGCUGACAUGAGAAUGAGAGAUGUAGAAGGAAGAGAUGUCAUGUUCUACUGCAUUUGUGCGACGAAGCGCCAUAAAAAGUGUUUGGACAUUGUGCUUAGUCGUGCGGUAGAUUUGAACAAUGUCACAGAGAAUGGUGAUUCGGCACUUUCUUUGGCAUGUCAAGAGGCAACUGAAAACGCAGAACUUUGUUUACUCUUGUUAGAGAAAGGAGCAAAUCCGAAUGCAGUCAAUAAAGUAACUGGCCGAAGUACUCUCUCUAUAGCUUGUGCAUCAGAUUGCGUCCCAGUGAUAAAAGCUUUACUGAGCAAAGGAGCUGAUCCUAAUAUAAUUGAUAGAAAGAAACAUUCACCUCUCCAUUUUGCUGCAUCAAAAGGAUGUUUUGAAGCUGUAAAGAGUUUGAUGUCCUAUGGUGCAGAUUGCAAUCUACUUGAUAAUGACGGAAACAAUCCACUCCACAAUGCUGCUGAGGGAGGAUUCGGGAACAUAUGCAAAUAUUUAGCGCAAAGAGGAUGUAAUCCUAAACUAAAGAAUACAGAUGGUUUUACUCCUCGACUUCUUGCAAAAGAAAAAAGUCAUAAAGAUGCCGGGAAAGAAUUGAGGAAAGCUGAAAAAGUUUUCACAAAAUAUUCUAAACCAGGAAUGAAGAAUCCAAACGAUCCUGAAUUAGUUAUGUUAUAUGAUUGGGUUUAUGAACGACAAGAAAUAAUUAAAGAAGAAUUAAUGAAAGAGUUAAUUCCUCCAAAUCGUGGAGGCGAUGAACCAACUUCGAAAGGAAAUUUUGUGAGCAAAGAUAGUUUUGAUAAAGUGAUGGCAAAACUAGAAGCUCCAAUGCUGCAGGAUGAUGUUAAACGAAGAUUACUUGAAGUCCAUGAUAAAGAUCGCAGAGGAGUCUUAGAAAUUGAUGAAUUUAUUUCCGGCAAAAAAUACAUCAGUAAAACAUAUCUCAUGACAGCAUUUGAAGGCAAAAAGAAGAAAGGUAAAAAAGGCAAGAAAGGAAAGAAGGGAGGAAAGAGAGGAAAAAAAGCCAAGAUACCGAUGCCGAUAUGUGUAAAUGAUGAAGGUCCAAGGAGAGCUGAUGGUGGUCCACCUCUUGCGUAUGUAGAGAAACAAAUUCUAUGGACAGAUACUACUAGGUUCAACAGAGAUCACCCACCCAAGCAUCCAUUGGAGGAUGACAGUGCUUGGUACAUUCACCCACCGGAACGUCAGUUCAUGAAUAUAACAGAAGCGGCAAAGUUUGGAGAUAUGGAGUCUUUAAAAGCUGCUUUUAAGAGUGGAACACCAGUUGAUACUCGGGAUAAAUAUUUCAAGACACCACUCAUGGCUGCAGCUGCUGGUGGAAAUUUAGAAAUGACAAAGUAUUUGCUAAGUUUGGGAGCAAGCGUUGAAACAAGAGAUAAUUUCAAAUGGACGGCAUUGCAUCAUGCCUGUCAUUCAGGACAGAUAGAUAUAGUCAAGGAGUUAGCAUUUGCCGGUUCAGAUCUCAAUGCUGUGACGUGGAACGGUGCAACAUCACUAAUGCGUGCAAUCGAGGGAGGCAAACCAGAUGUCGUAAGAUUCUUAUUGGAUUGCGGAGUCAACGUUCUACAUGAAAACAGAAAAGAAAAAAGCGCUCUUGAUGUUGCAAGAGAUUGGGCAGACAAUGAGAUAUAUUGGAUGAUCAAAGAUGCCUACGAUGCUGCUCCUAAACCUAAGAAAGAUAAUAAGAAAGGAGGAAGCAAGAAAAAACCAACAGGACCAAGCACACCAAAACCACUGACUAUUCCACCGAUACCACAGGGUCACAUGACUGCACCUACAACACCGGUUGAUAGUUCAGCAAACCUGAGACCGGAAGAUGAAAAUAAUAAAGAGAACAAAAGACCUAAUGUUGUCCAGAUUGAGAUUCUAGAACCAGUUCCAGAAGAACCGUAUGAUGAACCUGUUCAGAAGAAAGGAACAAUCCUGGAUCUCGCAAGUGAACUGGCAUCAGGAACAGGAAGACAUGAUGGUACUUCAUUCACACCUAGAAAGGUUUGGAAUGAUCAACCCACAACAAAUGAUUUAUUGAGAGCAAAAGAAGAGAAGAGAGCUAGAUUCGGGUUCGAAGUUGAUUUCGAAACUUAUGAAAAACCAUUGGAGAAAAAUAUUUCAAGAGUAACAAAACCAGUUAAAGAACAAAACAAAUAACUUGGAGCAACUUGUGAAAUUUCAUCAGAUUCUCAGCUGACCCCAGACCUCAAGAUUCUGGGCUGACAAAAGUUGACUACAUUUGGCGAAAAUAUUAUUCAGAAACUUUAACAGGAAAAAUUGAUUCCAAGCCCUCGCAAUUUCAUAACUCCUACUUCAAGAUUGGACAGUUAGAAGUCUAGAAUCUUAAACUCCGGGUAGUCAGGGGUUAAAUUUCAGGCUUAAACUCUUUUCUCUGUUGAUUUCAAAAUGAGUCCCAGAUUCAGUAUGAGAAUCCAGCAUCAUCCAUAGAAUUAUCAAAAAGUGCCGACACAAGAUAGUAAAUAGGUGCUUCCUCCUACAGUCCUUCAUAUUUUCAUGCACCUAUUUAGGAAAUUAUAUAUAACUCAAAAGAUAUUUCAAUUUUCAUUAAUUACCGUUGGAAAUGAUGAAUGAAUUUUGAAUCACAAAGACUUGCUUGGCUAUUCAUGUAUAAAACAUUUUACCAAUUUAAUAUCUGAAUCCCAAGUCAAUACAAAUAUCAUGAAUCAGCUAGAUAGGUAUCCCCAUAAUGCCUGGUAAACGAACAAAAGGUCCGAAGUGUCAUCAAGCCGUUUGAUCAUAUUUUUUCCAACAUACUACAAAAGGUUACAAAUUGAUAUUUCCAAUGGAUGAUAUUUUACAUUUAAUAAAGUAUUAUGUUUACUAAUAACAGAGAUGAACAACUUUUCUUUGCUAGAAUUUUUGAAAAUCUAUAAUUUCUGUUCAAUUCUUUAAUAAUUGAAUGAAGUGCCUAUAUUAAUUAAUUAGUCAAUGAUUUACUUGUAAAUACUUUUGGAGAAUGUGUAAUCUUUUUCUAUGUUUUAUGAGGCCACUUGCAAGCCCUGCCACAAAUCUAGUUUGUAUGAGAUUUCUUUGUAAAUAUUAUAAUUUAGUUGAAAUUAUGAAAAUAUUAAUUUUAUUUUUGAUACUGAUUUAGUUAGAUCAAUAGAGAAAUAAAAUAUUUAUUAUUGAAACUGUA